AAAUUUGCAGCAGAAUGCUGAUCAAGUCCAACUGGUUAAGCACAAAGGCAUUAACUCCAAAGCCAGGACGGGCCGCGUAAUGCACCGCGGCCGUUUCUAGCCGUUACCUAACUGCCAUUUGAAUUCAAAAGGGACAUCGGUACGCCUCGGACACCUGCGGUAACGCUAUGGCGUGCGCCUCUCCAUUCCCCAUUCACCCAGCCAAAACUCUGGAGCGUAGGGUCAUGUCCCUAAUCCAAGAGGCCACUACCCUCCCCCAACUCCUCCAAAUCCACAGCCUCCUCCUCAAAACCUCUCUCGACCGCAGCAUCUUCGUCCUCGCCAAAUUCCUCCGCCGAUGCUUCGCCUUUUCCUCUCCUCAGGCCUUGCCGCAUGGCCGAUCCAUCUUUGACAGAAUCCACGCCCCUGACACAUUCCUAUGGAACACCUUGAUCCGCGCCUACUUGCAGUCGCAAGAGCCCGUCGAAUCUCUUCACCUCUUCCACAAAAUGAGGCUCCGUGAGGGCGUCACGGUCGAUAGCUUCAGCAUCUCAUUAGCUCUCCAGGCAUGUGGAAGGUCCGGGGAGUCUACGAUUGGUAGAGCAAUACACACUCAUUUGUUAAAGGUCGGAUUUGUAUCGGAUUUGUUUGUGCAGACGGCUCUCGUGGAGAUGUAUGCAAAGGUUGGAGAUGUCAGUAUCGCGAGAAGGGUUUUCGAUGAAAUGCCUGAGAGAGAUUUAGUCUCGUACAAUGUCAUGCUGGCGGAGUAUGUCGGGUGUGAUAAUGUCCAAGAAGCUCGUCGGUUGUUCGACGAGAUGCCUGAUAGGGAUUUGGUUUCUUGGAAUACAAUGAUCCAUGGGUACGCAAUGAGCGGCGAUCUCCAUGCUGCACAACAAAUAUUUGAUAGGACCCACGAGAAGGACUUGUUCUCUUGGAGCUUGAUGAUUUCAGCAUAUGCACAGAGCAGGCAGUCGAGCGAGGCAUUGAGGCUAUUUCGUGAGAUGCAGUUGGCAAAUGUGGUGCCCGAUAAGGUUACAAUGGUCAGCGUGCUUUCUGCUUGUGGUGAUCUGGGGGCUUUGAGCAUGGGGAAGGUGAUUCAUAGGUUUAUAGAGAGGAAGGUAAUGGAAGUGGAUCUCAGACUCGGAACUUCUCUGGUUGACAUGUAUGCCAAGUGCGGAGAUAUUGAUAGUUCCCUUGGAGUCUUCCUUAAGCUGUCUGAGAGGGAUGUUCUUACUUGGAGUAGCAUGAUCAUAGGGCUUGCAAACCAUGGGCUGGGGAUGGUUGCCCUUGAUUUCUUCUCUAAGAUGAUAUCUGAACAAAUGAAACCAAAUGAGAUCACUUUUGUCGGAGUGCUGAUGGCUUGUGGCCAUGCUGGUCUGGUCAGUGAAGGUAGGGCUCACUUUAACUCAAUGAGCGAUGUGCAUGGCAUUUCACCUACUAUUGAACACUAUGGAUGCAUGGUUGACCUCUUGGGAAGGGCUGGGCAUAUUGAAGAGGCGAGACAAUUUAUCAAAGAUAUGCCCUUUGAGCCAGAUGCAGUUGUCUGGAGGGCACUUCUUGGUGCAUGUCGAAUCCAUAAAAAUGUUGAGGUAGCAGAAGAAGCUAUAGCCAAACUUGUUGAUUUAGAGCCUCUUGUUGAUGGGCAUUAUGUCCUGUCAUCAAACAUUUUUGCACAUGCCAACAGGUGGGAUGGUGUUGCAAACUUGAGGAAAAUGAUGAGAAGCAAAAGCAUUCAAAAGGUCCCUGGGAGCAGUUCAAUUGAGGUUGAUGAUACAGUUUAUGAGUUUGUUGCUGGUGAUAAAUCACACCCCAGGUGUGAUGAGAUCUACAGAAUGUUGAACGAGAUGAUUGAUCGACUAAAACAAGCUGGAUAUAGACCAAUGAUAUCCUUCGUCUUGCAAGAUGUUGAUGAAACAUUGAAAGAGUGCAUAUUGAUUCAACACAGUGAGAAGUUAGCUAUCGCUUUUGGACUUCUGACUUCCCCUCCAAAGUCUAUUAUUCGAAUUAUGAAGAAUCUUCGAGUAUGUGAGGAUUGCCAUUGGGCCAUUAAGCUUGUCUCUUUAGUUUAUGAUCGCCAGCUGAUCAUCAGAGACCGAAACCGGUUCCACCAUUUUGCCAAAGGGAAGUGCUCUUGCAGGGACUACUGGUGAGCUUGGGAAUUAUUGAGUUCAUCAAGAGCAAUGCUUCUAUAAUAAAACUAUUCUCUGAGCCUCACAGAACUUCCCUCUUCUUGAAAAAUAGCUAUAGCUACAAGUCAAGAUGGUUUUGUUUGCAAUCAGUAUGCUGAAGCUCUCACCCCUGACAUCAAUUCAAACAUAUUCAAAAACAAGCUCAUCCAUCUCGUUCUCCAACUGCAUGGCAUGACACUUUCUGUGGAGCAUCAUUAUCAUACGCCACUAUGAUGGACACUAGUAUAUGUCUUGAUAGACCCUCUUCUACAAAAUCCUCAAGGUUUUUAACCUCACUUGAUAACUUCAUGCUCUUACGUGUGAUCAAAGGUGCACUUAGCUAUAUGUAUUCAAAGGAAGGAAGAAGAUCCACAAGUCAGGAGCUGGAAAGUGCAUUUGCACCAGAAACUGUAUGAAGGUAGUCUAGAUAGUCUUUCUCCAUAUUUGGUGGGAUGGAUCAUAAUCUAAGUGCUUAAUGGAGUUGGAAUUAUCUGUUGAAAUGAUAAUUUGUGGUAGAGUUGGAAUAAUUUAUUUAUUGCAUAUUUAAGUACAGAUGGAUGGAGUUUUUUUCCAUCCUGUUAUUUUAAAGAGAUGUUUAUGACAUUCAUUGAAUUGUGAAUGGGGAGCAUCAAAGUACUACUUCUGCAGCAUAAGGCUUCUGUAAUACAUAUUACGGAGUUUUGAUCUUUGAAGAAGGAGAAUAUACAAGGCGCUUCGCAAGGCAUUGCACGAACAUGUUCCCCCAUCAUAAAAUAAAAAAAAAGUCAAUGAGGAGAAAACAAGAAACUAAGAGAGCGCAUGAACUAGACCAAUGCGCAUAAAAGUUGAUUCCCUUCCCUUACUGUGGUGUGCUGGGAGAUGACUCACAGGAAACUCCAAGAUGGGAAGGCAAUGCAAGACUAUUUGGAAAUUGUUAAGGAAUGCUUUUGUGUUUCAUCCUCAUCAUAAAGAAUGGUGAGACCAAGUUAAAUUGAGAAUUUGUAAGUGACAAGUACUCUAGGAAGAGUUGAAAGCAAAAGGAUGACACCUACAUACUUUUAUUAUUGUUUGCCAGAUUGCCACAUGUUCUCAUUUUUGCUGGUUCUCGUACCUACUGGUUCUUUCUAUUCUGUCCACACUGAGAAGAAGAGAUUUUGCUUGCUACACGGAGAUAUAUGUUGUACCUUGUAGGGGACUUUUAGUUGCAGCUUUUUCUUUCUAAAUUAUGUGAUCUCUAUAUACCUUCUGGCCAAGGAUGUAGACCAUUUGACAAUGGUCAUGCCCAGAACGUGUCCUGUUGUUUGUAAAGAAAUUUCUACUGACAAUUUGAA